AUGGCUACAGCUGCAAUACCAGUACAGUUGCCAGCAUUAAGACAGUUUGACCCAAAAGGGGAGCCAUCGACCUUAGCACAGCGUUGGGAAAAGUGGAGAAAGAGUUUUAGUUACUUUAUUGAGGCGUCUGGGAUCGUAAAUGAUGGUCAAAAAAGAGCCACACUUCUGCACAUGGCAGGAGAGGAAGUACAGCAAAUCUUUGACACUUUACCCGAUUCAGAUGAAGCCACAACAUUUCAACAAGCAUUGACAAAGUUAAACGAUCAAUUCAAUGUCAAGAAGAAUGUACCAUAUGAAAGAAUUAUUUUCCACGAAGCAAAGCAAGAAAGUGGAGAAUCAGUUGAUGCAUUUGUUACCAGACUAAGAAAGUUAGCACAAUACUGUGAGUACACAAAUCUGGAUGAUGAGAUCAGAGAUCAAGUCAUCGCAAAAUGUCGAUCUUCAAAAUUUCGCAAAAGGUUACUUCAGGAAACAGACUUGAAUCUAGAGAAACUUUUAAGAAUAGGAAGAGCUCUAGAACAGUCAGCAAGUCAAUCAAAGAAAAUUGAAGAAAACGCAUCAAGUGUAGGUGAAGUAAACACCAUGAUGAAAAGGAAUCAUUUCGGAAACAAACGAAAUUACAACAAAAACAAUGGGAAGAAAGUCUAUAAUAAGAGUGACGAUAGCAGAGACAGCAAAAAGUUCUACAACAAUAACCCCUGUGGUAGAUGUGGUAUGACGUCACACUCUAGCAAAGAUUGUAGAAUAACAAAAGGGAAAACAUGCAAGAAAUGCAGUCUCAUUGGACACUUUGCAAAAUGCUGUAAAACAAAAUUAGACAGACAGAAACACAAAGUUAGAACCACAGAAGACAAUGCAAGUGAAGAAGAGUCAAACUCAAGUGACGAAGAUGAUUGUUAUGUAUUCUGCAUCAAGUCGAAAGAUAAACCAUUGUUUGAGAUAGAGGUUAAAGAAUCACCAAUAACAAUCCUUGUCGACAGUGGAUCAACCUUAAAUAUUUUGGAUUCAAAAACAUUCAAAAAGAUUGUUCCUGCACCGAAACUAGAAAAAUGUUCUACAAAAAUAUAUCCUUAUCAAGGAAAAACACCAUUGAAAGUCAGAGGAACAUUCAAGGCAAACACCAGGACUUCAUAUGGGAAAAUAGCAAAACUGAAGUACUAUGUAGUCGAAGGUGAUGGAGGAGCAUUAUUAGGAUUAAAAAGUGCGAAGAUACUAGAUCUUAUCAGAAUUGGCCCACCAAAUGUUGAAUCUAUUAAUAACAUGGACACAACACCUGUACAAAUGCUACUGUCUAAUGCAGAGAAAAUCAUCACAGAUAAAACAAGUAAUUCAGAGGUCCUACACCCAAAGAUACAAGAAGUUUUAGAUAGACACAAGAAAGUUUUCAGUGGAAUGGGGAAACUCAAGAAUUUCCAGCUUAAACUUCACAUUGACGAGUCAAUCACACCAGUCCAGCAACCAGUGAGAAGAUUGCCAUACCAUACUAGACAGACAGUAUCAGAUGAAAUAGACAGAUUAGUUAAAAAUGACUGCAUAGAAAAAGUAAAUGGACCAACUAGUUGGAUAAACCCAAUAGUAGUGGUACCCAAAGCAAAUGGGAAAAUAAGACUAUGUAUUGACAUGCGAAGAGCAAACGAAGCUAUAAUAAGAGAGAGACAUCAAAUUCCGAAGUUAGAUGAGAUACUACCGGAACUCAAUGACGCAAAAUAUUUUUGCAAGCUUGAUCUAAGAGAAGGUUAUCAUCAAAUAGAGCUUGAUGAGAGUUCUAGACACAUUACCUCCUUUAUAACUCACAAAGGCUGUUAUCAAUCAAAACGACUCAUCUAUGGAGCUAAUUCUGCAUUUGAACAAUUUCAGAAAACAAUUGAGCAAUGUAUUGCAGGAUGUGAUGGAACAAAAUCAAUUUCGGAUGAUAUCCUGUUAUGGGGAAAAAGCAUAGAUGAAACUGCAACAAGACUGGACAAAUUACUGAAAACACUCUACGACAAUGGACUGCGAGUCAACUCAAGCAAAUGCUUAUUCGCAGUAAAUGAGCUCACAUUCUCUGGAUACAGACUGACCGACAAAGGAAUAUUUCCUGAUAAAUCUAAAGUGGAUGCUGUGAAUCAAACCAAACGACCUACAAAUGCCACAGAAGUAAGAAGUUUUCUGGGACUAGUUAAUUACUGUUCCCAGUUCAUUCAUCAUUAUGCUGAUCUUACAGAGCCUCUACGAAAGCUCACAAAGAAAAAUGUAGAAUUUCAAUGGAAUGAAGCUCAAGAAAACUCAUUUGUCAAGUUAAAGGAAGAACUAACUAACUCGCGAGUUAUGGCCUAUUAUCAACCAUAUGCUGAUACAAAAAUAAUUGUAGAUGCAUCACCCAUAGGACUUGGAGCUAUUUUGACACAGAAGCAAAGGAACAACACCUUCAAGCCAAUAGCAUAUGCAUCUAAAGCUUUAAAUGAAACUGAACAAAGAUAUUCUCAAACAGAGCGAGAAAGUCUUGCAGUGUUGUGGGGAAUACAAAAAUUCCAUUACCACCUAUACGAUCGUGACUUCACAGUUAUCACAGACCACAAACCACUGGAGAAAAUCUUAUCAUCAAGAGGGAAUCCCACACCACGUAUACAACGAUGGGUAUUAAAAUUACAACCGUACAAGUUUAAAGUUGUAUAUGAACCAGGAGCAACCAACGCAUCAGAUGUUCUCUCCAGGUCUCCUUUAGAAGCACCUGGAACAAGUGACUACUUUACUAACGAAGCAGAACAUUAUGUCAACACGAUAAUCAACGAUGCUACGCCAAUUGCAGUCACGAUAAAAGAAAUUGCUGAUGAUUCUGCAACAGACGAGGAAUUGGCAAAGCUCAGAGUAAACAUUAAACUGAAGAAAUGGAAUAAAUAUCCUGAAAUGAAACAAUACUAUCUCUGCCGAAAUGAACUAGUAGUAAAAGACAACUUAGUGCUAAAGGGCAACCGUUUAGUCAUCCCGAAGACUCUCAGAAAGAGAAUCUUAGAUAGCGCACAUGAGCAUCACCUUGGUAUAGUCAAAACCAAAGGACUUCUACGAGGAAAAGUAUGGUGGCCUGGGAUAGAUAAAGAGAUUGAAGAAAUGAUCCGAACUUGUAUGUCAUGUCAAGCAACAAGUUCAGCAGUAGUUAGACCAACACAUACCCAAUCGACUGAAAUUCCACCUACAAGUUGGCAUACCUUAGCACUUGAUAUACAAGGUCCAUAUCCAACAAUGGACUACUUAAUCGUGCUGAUAGACUACAGAUCCAGAUAUCCUGUCGUUAUACAAACUAAAAAGAUUGACACUGACCAUGUAAUCAAAGGUCUAGAUAAAACAUUCAAGUUAUUUGGAUAUCCAACGAAGUUAAUUGCCGACAAUGGGAAACAAAUGAUCUCCCAAGAAUUUAAAGGGGAAGUCCGGUCAUUUUUCAAAAUUUGUGUGUUGAAUAAACACCAUCGUGUUAUUAAUUUCUGCAAAAUCUUUUUUAAAAAUUCGUAUUACAAAUGA